AUGGAAUCAGGUUGGGCGCUCGUUCGGCUGCUGUUUCUUCUAAUCUCCGCCAGAACAGAAGCUCGAAACAGAGGACACCAGCCUGUCAGGAUGCAACCCAGGAUCUAUAAUGGCAUAAAAACGACUGUUGGAUCGCUUGGUGGAGUCGGAAUUCAGCUCUUCUAUAAGAGAAAUCUCGUCUGCACCGCAACACUUCUCACACCGCAACACAUCCUUACGGCAGCCCAUUGUUUCGGAAACCUGAAGAUGUCUGAGUUCCACGUGAUCGGGGGAAAGUCGUGGGAAUUUACUGGGCACGACAGCAACCUUAAGAAGAAUAAACUUAUAAAGGUGCGAAUUCAUCCGAAAUAUGCGAAAGAGAAAUUCAUCGCGGAUGUCGCGGUGGCCAAGAUCAAGUAUCCGUUGAAUAACAAGAACGUUGGCUAUGCCCAGAUCUGUCGAUCGGACCUAAGUCCAAAUGAUACACUCAUUGCAGCCGGUUGGGGAUUCGAAGGCGGCAUCUGGGAUGAGCUCAAAAGGAAAACAUUUCGCAUGAUGAAAGUUAGUUUUGUGGGCAUGCGGGAUUGCCAGAAGAAGCUGGGUGGCAAGUUGCCACCCAAUAUCAUCUGCGCCGGUGGCUACAAUAACCAGACUCUCUGCUUCGGCGACUCCGGUGGACCACUGCUGUUGGGGCUGGAAGUUUGUGGCAUCAACACGUGGACUUUCGAAUGCGGCAACAACGCAAAGCCAGACGUGUACAUGGACGUGCGCUACUAUGCCAGCUUUAUUGAAGAAACUAUUAGUGACAUGGGCUUUUGAAAAAAUCGAUUAAAAUAAA